AAAAGGCAGAGUGGCUUCACUCAGCCACACAAGCACAACUCUCUGAUCAGCCAUGGCUAAGCUACUGACGGUGGCGGCCUUGGUGGUCCUUAUAGUCCUUUCUAUCUCUCACGCCGAGGAAAACUACAACGGUGCCCCAAGCUGCAAAGAUAAGGGGGGUGCGUGUACUGCUGCGCAAGAAAAUACCGUAAAUAUUUGCGACCAGGUGACAGAUGCCGCCCCAUGUCCUGGCGGGGAAGUAUGCUGCUUGCUUAGUGGUGGAGCGUUCAGAUUAAGUCGCAAAAUAAGAAGGCCAAGAAAAAGAAUAAACGGAAAACACCGGGAAAAACUAAGGAUGGAUCUUUGAAAAGGAAUAAGCAAAAGAAUGUCAAGAAUAAGAAGUCCAAAGUUAAAAAGAAGAAAAAGCGACAUAACUCUAAUAAAAAAGAUGAUGGGUCAAUGAAAGGUGGAGAGAAAAAGAAGACCAGCAACAAGAAGAAAACAAAGGCGCAAGUGAAGAAAAUCAAGAAGAAUCAAGACGAAGGAAGUGUGGGCGUAGUGAAGGAAAAUAAGCAAGCAAAUGCAGAUCAAAAGUUUAAUCCCGUAUGCGCUAGCACCUCAGCGUGUGCGGGAACCUGUAUCCCUGAAACUGAUAGGUGUUUCGGUAAGGAGAUGAAUACCUGCGGGCGUUGGUGUAAAUGCUGUGUGCCUAAAGGUGGUGGUGGAGGUGGAGGUGGAGGUGGAGGCGGCGGCAGCAGUAAAUGCAGAGGCAAAUGUACGACGGGGAAAUGCACCAACAAGAAGAACUGCAGAAAGGGGACAUGUACCGCCAAGAAGGACUGCAAAAAGGGGAAAAACUGGAAGAAGGGCCAAGGCUGCCGGGGUCCUUCGUGCGGCUGCUGUACGAAGAAGAAGAAGAAGAACCCCAAGGAAUGCAAGCAAAUUAAGCAAUGUUCUACAAAGAAUGGAUUCUGUAAAAUGAAGUGUAAUGAAGAUGAAAAGCCCUUGAAAAAAAAUAACCUGUGCAAGAAGACUUGCCGCUGCUGUGUUCUAAAGAAGAAAAACAAAAAGAAAUGCAAGAAGACGGACGCAUGCAAGGAAGAAGGAGGAAAGUGCAAAAGGUCAAGAGUUGUAACAGCAAUGUAAUGUCAUACUCGUGUGAUAAAGGUUGCGUGUGCUGCAUUGAGGAUAGAGAUUGUGCCCAGCCCCUUGAAUGUAGAAAAAAUAAUGGCGUCUGUAUGAAGACCUGUAGCGGCGAUGAGAGGGAACUGAAGGAUUUGUGCUACACAUACAACACAGGGCCGACCUGCAGGUGUUGUGCUCCCAAGUGCUCGCAAGACUCAGCCUGCACCCUGUGGGGAGGAGUUUGUGUGGAUGGUCCCGAACAGUGUCCAACAGAAUUUGGCACACACAUGGUCUCUGAAGGCUGCACAGGAUACAACUGUGUAUGUUGCAAACCAGUUUCAGGUAGAGAUUGCGCAGAGGCCGUCGAAUGUAGUAUUAAAAAUGGCAUCUGUAAGAAGACCUGUAGCGGCAAUGAGAGGGAGCUGAAGGAUUUGUGCCAGACAGACAACACAGGGUCCAUCUGCAGGUGUUGUGCUCCCAAGUGCUCGCAAGACUCAGCCUGCACCCUGUGGGGAGGAAUUUGUGUGGAUGGUCCCGAACAGUGCCCAACGGAAUAUGGCACACACAUUGUCACUGAAGGCUGCACAGGAUACAAAUGUGUAUGUUGCAAACCAGUCACUACCACACAAAAACCCAUGACUACUGAUAGUCCUGGCGGUCCUAGUGACUCUACCUCUCGCGAUCCUGGUCCUAGCGGCUCUACCUCUGGUGGUCCUGGUCCUGGAGGUAGUACCUCUGGUGGUCCUGGUCCUGGAGGUAGUACCUCUGGGGGUCCUGGUCCUGGAGGUAGUACCUCUGGGGGUCCUGGUCCUGGAGGUAGUACCUCUGGUGGUCCUGGUCCUGGAGGUAGUACCUCUGGUGGUCCUGGUCCUGGAGGUAGUACCUCUGGUGGUCCUGGUCCUGGAGGUAGUACCUCUGGUGGUCCUGGUCCUGGAGAUAGUACCUCUGGUGGUCCCGGUCCUGGAGAUAGUACCUCUGGAGGUCCUGGUCCUGGCGACUCUACCUCUGGUGGUCCCGGUCCUGGAGACAGUACCUCUGGCGGUCCUGGUCCUGGCGACUCUACCUCUGGCGGUCCUGGUCCUGGUGACUCUACCUCUGGCGGUCCUGGUCCUGGUGACUCUACCUCUGGCGGUCCUGGUCCUGGUGACUCUACAUCGGGCGGUCCUGGAGACAGUACCUCUGGCGAUCCUGAAGACAGUACUUCUGGCAAUCCUGAAGACAGUACCUCUGGCAGUCCUGACGACAGUAGCUCUAAUGAUACUGAUGAUUCUAGCAUGGCUUCGGAUAGUUCUGAUAGUACUGAUAGUAUGACUAAAGGUUAAGUCUAUCACUGCAUUGAAACACUUUUAUCCUUCACUCUUGAACAUUCUGUAUGGGAUUGGCCACCCUGACCUUUGACAAUGCACUAUAUUUUAUGAACAUCACUGAUACAAGACCAAUUCCUUUGUUCUCUAUUCGAUAGUCACUGUCCUGUCAUGUAGGAGUCUGUGUUGAAGCAUAUUAUGAAUUGCCUGUUGCUCGAGGAUUGAGUGAAACAGAGACAGUGCUUGAAUCAAAAUAAAUAUUCAUUAGUAUUAU